AUGGAGACCAGCGCUGAUGCCUCUGCUAACGCAGAUCAGUGCCAGGCCGGUCUCUACGACAACGCAGCGCCGCCGGAACUCCCCACCCCUGGAGCCAAUUUUGUUAGCGACUUUGACGCAACCCAGCCCUCGAGGCGGCACCGCUUCCCCCGUGACCCCCGUCUACGGACCUCACAGUCGGGGACCCCAAGUCAGCCUGCGGCAGCAUACCUGAAAGACAAUGCAGAGUCAGGUCUCAAAGCCUCCUCCUCAUCAUCAUCAUCAUAUGGGGAAAUGUGA